AUGGAGUAUGAGACGCGAGGUAAUAGCUCGUUUUUAACUUUUACUUCUGAUGGGGAAAUGUGCCUUCCGCCUCUGGCCGCCCUAUCAAUCAAUGCGGUCGAUUCGAGUUCCCUAGGUCAUGAUGAAGGGAUUUCAAUCGAGUUUUUCCCCUCCUCGAGCCUACUCCUUUCCCCGGUCAAGGUACUGCUUCUUUCCCCCAUCUCUUAUUACCUCUGCCUUUACUCUUCGAAUUUGAUAAUGUCUGCCCGUUCUCCUGACCCUUUCGGCCAAAAAGUGCCCUCCGGGGAGGGGGGUGAGAACCCCGCUUUUUCUAUCUCUUCCUCGUCGGAGGAGGGGCCUUAUUUCUCCCCUUCGGGUAAACUCUUGGAACGACCCAAGAAGAAAGGCAAGAAAGAGGUUUCUUCUUCCGCGAGGAGUGGUUCGCCUUCAUUAUCCGAGGGGCGAGAUCUGGACGACCAAUGGGGGCCCAGUACCCUAACCGAAAUAGAUCUGGCUAACUUAGUUCGCGACAUAGGCCUCCCUACCGAUGUCGAGUUGAUUCUACCUUCGCGAGAUGACCGCCCUUUAAAUCCCCCUCUAGGUUUUAGUACUUGGUUUUCAGAGCAGUUCUAUUUCGGUCUGUCCUUUCCUAUUUCGCCCUGGUUUUCUGAAAUUGCCCAACUAUGUAAUGUGUCUCUUAACCAAUUCCACCCUCAUGCCAUAAUAAUCAUGACCGGAUUCCGCAUGCUAUGCGCUUGGUCGGGGGUGAUCCCUACACCAGCUCGCUUCCGAAGUGUCAUGGUGUUGAAAAAUUCUAGUCCCUUCCAUAUUUCCAUCUCGGCUCGUCCGGGUUUCAAAAUAUUGAUGCCACCCAACAAAACCGAUGGGUGGCAAGGUCAUUAUUUUUUCGCAAAAAAUCCCGUUGAUACUCCCUACUUAUGCCCUUGGCUUGCCACCUUGCCUGAGAAGAAAAGGGGAAAACCCUUGGCAGUUGAUGAAUGUUUGUUAAAAAUGAUAUCUCACUUUCAACCGAGUUACGGCGUCCCGGAUAGCCUCACCAGCUUUCCGCCGAUGCUUCGCCACUUCUAUUUUCACGACAACAGCACAUAUUCCUUAACUCGGGAAGAUUUAGAUUUAAGGAUGAAGAGGAUGUUCCGAGGUGAUAAAACGGCUAUUCGCCCGUCCGAGCCGGAGCCGGGAUUUGACGCGUUCGAAUUCCAGCGUCCUUUGGUCGCUGAAUCAGAGAAACACUCUUCGGAGGAAGGGGCUCUAAGACCCAGGCCUCCCAAGAAGAAUGCCGCGCCUCCUCGCGCUCGAGGUGGACCGCGUACUGAGGAUUCUGAACCUCCCCGGCGGUCUUCUGCCAUAGUUCUGGCCUCUUCGCCACCUCCUCUUUCGACCGAAGAAGUGGUGGAAAAAGAGCCCGCUCCGAAGAAGCGGAGAACUGACCUGGCCCUCGGGCCGGCUGGGUCGUCCUUGCCUGCUGGUUUUGGACUUCAUCUCUGCCAAAACGCAGAGAAUGCCAUUGCUGCAUGUCGGUCUCUGGCCUUUCCCACCGAUGUUGCCCAUUUCGGGCAAAUGAGUAAGGGCGACCGACUUGAGCUACUUCUUCACAACAUUACACAGCAAUUCGCCAUCGCUUUCUCGGGUCCUUUGGGAUGGGAUGAUGUCUCGCGUGAGGCAUACGACAACCAAAAGAAGGAGGUGACUCAACUUCGAAAAGAAGUCCGAGGCCUGAAGGAGAGUUUAGCGAUGUCGGAAUCGUCGAAGGAAGGGCUGUUUGCCGAGGUGAAGAGGCUGCAGGAGAGGGAGAAAAUCUUGCAGGCGGAGAAGGACUCCCUGGGUUCUCACGUCACCAGCCUAGAAGAAAAAGCCAAAGGGCUUUCCAACGAGCUGUACGCAGCCGGAGUGCAGGCUUCUACUAAUUUCGCCGAAGGGGUGAAAGAAGGGCAAAGGUUGUUCCCGGGGUCGCCUGAGGGCCUCCGUUUUAUUGAAGAGUUCGUUCGUCGUUUCUUUCACCGGUUGUGGCGUUCGACUACAUUCACCCGAGAAGCUUCAGGGUUGGCUCGUUUCUUCUUCUCAUCGGCGGUUGCAGCUGUUCGAAAGAGGUUAGGUGGUGCUGGCAUCGAAUUCCCACUGGUGGAAAAUGAACUGGCCGAAGACCUUCCCGAUGACGUGAUCCCGGGUUUUGAGGGGGAUGUUAAUGAGGACCCCAACUUGGAAUGGUGGAGGCCGGUUUACCAGGGCCUUGUUGAAGAAUUUACCCGUCAAGGAGCCAUUACGGACUUCGUCGGGGAUAUUGGGGCCCUUGGAACGGUGGUCAGUUCCGACGAGGCACAGCCAAGCCUCGUUUCGCCGCCCCCUCCAGAUGCUGAGAAUCGAAGUGAAGCAGAUGCUGCAGUCCCGAAGUGA